AUGGCGUCCAGCGGCGGCGGCGUUAUUCGCGGCGGCACGCCGCAGCGUGCCUUAGCCCAGAGUCAUCAUAAUCAACUUUCGCUCCUCCUCGCGUUCAUUAUUGUCUUCUCUUCGUCCAACCAUCUCUCCGCAAAAGGCGGCGCAUUUAGCUGCGGCGCUGACGCGGCUGCCCUGCCAGAGCUCUCCUCCUACUCCAGCAUGGCGCUGCUCGAUCCGCGCUUCGAGCUCUAUUGGAGCACCAACACGAGCGACGCGACCAUCCACAUGGCGGCGAGGGCGCAGACGGCGGGAUGGCUCGCAAUAGGCCUUUCCGAAUCCGGAGGAAUGUUCGGCUCUGGUUCGUUCCACUCCCGUUUUUCGCGCUCAUUCCCCGUGCUCGUUCCCCACGCGCGUUCCCCCCGUUCGUUCGCAUUUUUCCGCGUUCUAUCCGCUCGUCCGCAUUUUUCCGCGUUCUAUCCGCUCGUCCGCAUUUUUUCGCAUUCUAUCCGCUCGUCCGCAUUUUUCCGCAUUCUCUCCGCUCAUGUAAUGGUGGCGUGGGUGGCGGAGCGCGAGGGGCGCGUGUAUGCGACGGACCGUUUCGUCUUCAACAAGACGGGGGAAGGCGUUGCAUUGGACGAGCAGCAGGACUGGCGCGUGCUGGGCGGCAGCCAGACUACCGACCAAUCCACGGGCGACACGUGGACAACUGUGCACGUGUGGCGCCAGCUGGACACCGGAGACUGCAACGACCGCCCCAUCACAGCUGGCGCGCUGUCAUUCGUUAUCUGGGCCAUGGGCACAACCGACGAGCUCGCCUAUCACAGCGCGACACGUGGCGCCACCUCACUCGUCCUGCUGCCCGCGCCUGGCCCCUCCAUCCUCGACCCAACCACCCCUCCCACCACCACCGCCCAAUCCGCUGCUGCCAGCUGGCCCGCCAUCACGUCAGCAGGCAAGCUCGCCGCGUAUGCCCAGGGGCAGGCGAACGGGCAGGCGAACGGGCAGGCGAAGGGGCAGGGCGUGGUGAUGAGCGAUAAUGGGCGGUUCAACCUGACAAUGGUGAACCACCGUGUAUCUAAAAACUACACCACCUACAUGUGCAAGACAUUCGACCUGCCACUCACCGCCAAGCGUCACAUCACGCGGUUCGGAGUGCACAUGAACUCGUCGCUCCCCUCCGUGCUGCACCACGCGCUGCUCUUCGGCUGCCCCCAGGAGGACUAUAAAGACGUGCCGGCCACACAGGGGACGUAUGAGUGCAUGCACGAGUCAGCGCCCUGCCAGGGCCACACAGUGGGGGUGUGGGGGUUGGGGGCGCGUCCGUACUCCUUCCCCCGCGACGUUGGCUUUCCCAUCGGCCCGGGAUACUACACCAAGUUCGUGCUGCAGAUUCACUACACCAACCCUGACGGCCGCACUGACAUCGUGGACAACAGCGGCAUGUUCCUGGAAACUUCUACCCCGGGCAAGCACGAUGCGGGGAUCAUGAUGGCCGGGCCUGUCUACUAUGGGUUGCUGCUGCAGAUCCCACCUGGCCAGCCCUCAUGGACACAGGAGAACAUCUGCCCAGGUCGGUGCACCAAGUCGGUGUUCAAGAACGAGUCGGUGAACAUCGUUGCUGCUGCUCUGCACCAACACGCUCUGGGCCGCCAGAUGUAUACUGAUGUGUAUCGGGAUGGGGCAAAGGUCACCACCGUCGCUCGCCUCGACUACUAUGACUUCGCAUCACAGCAGAUGAUCAACGUGCAGCCGCCCUUUGAGCUACAGCCGGGGGAUGAGCUGCGCACCAAGUGUGUGUGGGACUCCACCUCCCGCUCCAAUGUGACAAUGGGGGGCGAGGCCAGCAACGAGGAGAUGUGCAUCAGCUUCCUUGUCUACUACCCAGCAUAUACAGACAAGCGAGAGAUGCGUUCAUGUGUCGCCAUGUGUGCCGACAUAUCCGAGGGAAAGCUCAACCUCGACCCUGCCAGCCCCAACCUCAUGAGUUUUGCCGUCUGUGGCCCGGGCACCGACAGGGAGAGGGUGAAGCUGGGGUUCUCCAAGUGCAACAUCAGCUAUGGGGAGAGCCAGCCGCUCUCUGUGCUGCACGGCUGCCCGAGCUCCACCGCGCUUUCACUCGCCGACAUUCCCUCAGAGAGCAUCUCAGUACCCAUCAACACCACCCCAGACCCACUUGCACCACCCACCAAUUGCACCACCAACACCACCACCACCACCGGCACUACCACCGCCACUGCCACCGCCGCCACCGCCGCCACCACCACCGGCACUGAUACCGGUGCUGGCUCUGGGAGCAGCAAUGCUGGGGGUGGUAAAGGAGCAGCAGGAGCAGCAGCACUGCACGGGUCCCGUGCUGCUCUGCUGGUAACCGUUGCGGUUGUUGGGAUUGCAAUCCUACUCUAG